AUGGAUACGAACAUGGAGGACGUGAAGAUGCCCGAGCCCAUGCAGCUGUCGUCUGCCCCGACCUCCGAGCCUACGACGAUCCCCACGCUGGACGGCUGGAUCGAGAGCCUCAUGAGCUGCAAGCAGCUGGUAGAGAGCGACGUGCAGAGGCUGUGCGAGAAGGCCCGCGAGGUGCUGCAGGACGAGUCGAACGUGCAGCCAGUGAAAUGCCCCGUCACUGUCUGUGGUGAUAUUCACGGCCAGUUCCACGAUUUGAUGGAAUUGUUCAAGAUUGGCGGUCCUAACCCCGACACGAACUACCUCUUCAUGGGUGACUAUGUCGAUCGAGGUUAUUUCUCCGUCGAAACUGUAACUCUCCUCGUCGCACUCAAGAUCCGCUACCCCCAACGCAUCACCAUUCUUCGCGGCAACCACGAGUCUCGACAGAUUACCCAGGUCUACGGCUUCUACGACGAGUGCCUGCGAAAGUACGGCAACGCCAACGUCUGGAAGUACUUCACAGAUCUGUUCGACUACCUCCCGCUCACUGCUCUGAUCGACAAUCAGAUCUUCUGUCUCCACGGCGGUUUGUCUCCUAGCAUCGACACGCUCGAUAACAUCAGGGCGCUUGAUCGUAUACAAGAGGUACCGCACGAAGGUCCCAUGUGCGACCUGCUUUGGUCCGACCCAGAUGACAGGUGUGGUUGGGGAAUAUCUCCCCGUGGUGCCGGAUACACUUUUGGACAGGACAUCUCGGAGGCGUUCAAUCACAACAACGGCCUGACUCUCGUGGCCAGAGCCCACCAGCUUGUCAUGGAGGGUUACAACUGGUCGCAGGAUAGGAAUGUUGUCACAAUAUUCUCAGCACCAAACUACUGUUACAGAUGUGGUAACCAAGCCGCAAUCAUGGAGAUCGAUGAGCAUCUCAAGUACACCUUCCUGCAAUUCGACCCCUGCCCGCGAGCUGGAGAACCCAUGGUAUCACGCAGGACUCCGGAUUACUUCCUUUAG